CGCAAGUACUAGAAAUUUAUUUUCCGACAGAAGAAGAUUUAUCUGUGCGACGGUAAUAACAAAUCUCCGGCGACAAGGAGAAGCAGGAGAUAGAGAGCUAUGACGACAGUCAGUCUCCGCAAGCAAAACACGAGGCUCCCACCAGAAGUAAACCGCGUGCUCUACGUCCGCAACCUCCCCUUCAACAUAACGAGCGAGGAGAUGUACGACAUCUUCGGCAAGUACGGCGCGAUCCGCCAGAUUCGGAUCGGAUGCAACAAGGACACGAAAGGCACGGCCUUCGUCGUCUACGAGGACAUCUACGACGCGAAACAAGCCGUGGACCAUCUCUCCGGGUUCAACGUCGCGAACCGGUACCUGAUCGUGCUCUACUACCAGCACGCGAAGAUGAGCAAGAAGUUCGACCAGAAGAAGAGCGAGGAAGAGGUCGCCAAGCUGCAGGAGAAGUACGGUGUCUCCACCAAAGAUAAGUAAACACGUGUGUACUCGAUUCGAUUCUGCGAUUUAGGGUUUCAAUUGGGGAAAAAAAAAUCGAACCUUUUUUGCUUAAUCUUGUUGAUGAUCUGGACUGGUUAGUGUUUUGCUAAGAGGUUUAGUGUUCUGCGAUUUAGGGUUUCAAUUGGGGAAAAAAAUCGAACCUUUUUGCUUAAUCUUGGUAUGUAUGUUGAACCAAUCAAUGAAAAAUACCUUUUUUAGUUCCAA